AUGGAUAGUAUAUCUAAGGAAUUAAAUAUAAAUAGUAAUAAUAUAUUGCCUACCGCCUCACCGACUUUAUUCGCCGUUGUAGUUCACAAUACUUGGCUAAGGAAGUGGUUGAAAAAUUUAGAAGUUGAUAAUAAUGUAAAUAAUUUAGAUUUUACAUUACAACCUGGUGAAAGUGUUCCUUAUCCAUGGAAAAAAAUAUUUAUUAAGGUGUUAAAUAAAAAAGCCUCUAAAGUUUUGCCUCUACCACGUUAUAAACUGAAUGAAAUUAAUCCAGAAACUCCUUUAACGUUCUCACAAUUAAUCCAAUAUAUCUCACAAAGUAAUCAAAGAAAUUUGUGGAAAGAGUCUUACAAGAAAUAUUGUCAGAAUAAUGAAAGUAUCAAGGAAAGUACCAUUAUAAAUCUGUUAGAACAUGACCAGUUGUUAGCAGAAGUAAUAUUGAGAUUGUAUGGCUGCAAUGUCAUAAGAGUAAGAACAGAUGCAUCAGGCAAAUGUAUUGAAAUUAAAGAUAUUACUAACAAACAUGUCUUAAAGUCUUAUGAAACUCACGUUAAUUUGUUAGCAGCUCUAUUUGCAUUAGAAACUGACAAUAAUUUUUUCAUAAUAUAUAGGGGACAUUAUGAGAAUCAUUUAUUAGAUUGCCUUAAUUUUAGUCCUAAUUUAAUAGAUAAGACAUAUGCUCGAGGAUUGUUUAUUGUGUAUCAGUUGCUGAGUGUGGCUAAAGCUUUAUGUGAUAGAGGGCUUAGUGUAGGUACACUUAGGCUACAGGACAUUUAUAUGUCAGAAGAUCUAUGGCUACAAAUUAUACCACCCAUGAUAAAUAAUAUACACUGCUUAGAUCCCUCAUUAAUCUUUGAAAAAAAUAAACUAAACCAGAGCAAAAGUCAUCCACCAGAAAGUGGUCAAAGUUCUCAGAAAAUAGGAGAGGAAUGGUGCUGGCGUAGUGAUGCAGUGCAGUUAGAGAAGCUUUGUAUGCUAUGGGUGAGGGGAAGGAUUUCUAACUUGGAUUAUUUAUUGCACUUGAAUGUUUUGGCUGGAAGAUCUGCUAAUGACCCUCAGGCUCAUUUCAUGGUCCCAUGGGUAACAGAUUUCAAUUCAAGAUGUGGUCGUAAUUGGAGAGAUUUGAGUAAAUCAAAGUAUCGUCUAAAUAAGGGUGAUCGUCAAUUAGACAUGACUUAUGAUGUCACCAGUUGUAAUGGCCAAAUCCCACAUCAUGUCACUGAUGCCUUAUCUGACAUAACAUACUAUGUUUAUUUAGCUCGCAGAACUCCAAAAGAUACUCUUUGUAAGUAUGUGCGGAACAAAUGGGUACCAGCAGAGUACCCCGCCUCGAUACAACGUAUGCAGGAAUGGACGCCAGAUGAAUGUAUACCGGAGUUCUACACUGAUCCCACGGUGUUUAAGAGCAUACACGAAGAUUUGCCGGCUGAUGCGGGGAGGGACCGCAUCAAUCCAUUUGCUAGUGACUGUAACCUGAAU